UCUUCAUGGUUUUUUCGCUCUGAUAGCUGAGAAGUGAGAGCAACCACCGGGAACACUGCCAAGAGGGGUUUCUCGUCUUCUGUUUCCCACUUCCUAGAGGCGGCGGCGGCUGCCGCAGCUUCCGGCUCGUAGCUGAGGUGAGGUGUGAAUCUCAGAUCGAUCCUCAGAAUGGCAGACAGGGCUGUGGCGAGCGGUGACGACUGAAUCAGCGCCCUCCCCCUCGACCUCCGUCUGCGCUUGCUUUCUUUGUUGCCCGCGGACGAGGCAGUGCGGAGCAGCGAGCUCUCCCGCGAGUGGCGCGGUCUCUGGAAGAAAAUGCCCAGCCUGCGCCUCGUCGGUUUAGAACAGUUUGAGACGGCCGAGGGUUUCAACAAGUUCGUGAACCAUCUCAUCGUCCUCCGAGGCCACUUGCCCCUAGACAAGUUGGAGAUCCAGGUUCGUCAAUCCGAGGCAGCUGUGUCAUAUCCAUACGCCAAUCUGUGGAUCCAAUAUGCUCUCAUCUGCAAGGUUCCUGUGCUCGACGUCUUCUGCGAAUCUGGUGUCGUCGAUAGCAUACAAACUCACAGUGCCUCUUGUCUCUGACCACCUGACGACCCUAAAUCUUUGCGAAGUUGAUUUGGAAAAAUGCUCUGCACUUGUUGACUCGGAACUAUCUCUGGAUUUCUCAAGCUGCCCCUUGUUAAAGAGUCUAAGUAUGCAGCGUUGCAGCAUUUGCGUGCACAAGAUCUCUUCCAAAUCGCUAGAGCAGCUGCACAUCACCAGUUAUUCUUCCUUUAAUCUGCGUUCCCGUACCUGGAUUUCUGCACCAAGUCUUAUUUCACUGGAGCUUAGUGAUUUUGUUGGCGAGGCUCCUAUCCUUGAAAGCAUGCCAUUCCUCCAAAAAGCAUUCAUUAGGCUAUAUGUGUAUGAUGAGAGCUGGUGUGAUGCUAUCAAUCCUAGGGUACAGAAAUGUUGUAAUCAAAGUUGUGAACGUUGUUACGGUUAUCCUGUUGGCGGUUAUCGGAGUGUGCUUCUCAAUGGCUUGUCCAAUGCUAUCCAUCUGGAGUUGAUAGCUGACCCUAACAUGUAUGUCUACAGAAGGGAUUUGGCUUGUUGCCCCAUAUUUGGCAAUUUAAAGACUCUGUUACUGAAUGAGUGGUGUGUGGCUCAUGGCUUACAUGGACUAGUUUGCAUUCUCCAACACUCGCCUAUUCUUGAGAAGCUCACACUUUUGUUCUAUAACACUAAGGACCUCCCUAUUGCAAUAGUGGACGAUGGAAACCAUGAUCCAGUAGAACAAACAUUUGCAUGUGUACACCUUAAGGUAGUUAACAUCAAAUGUCAAGUGAUGAAUGAGAGGGUUUCCAAAACUAUGAAGCUCUUGAGUACAUGUGGCAUACCUCCUGAGCACAUUAGGUUGAAGGUCAACCAGUCACACCCAUAUUCUUUCAGUUUUGAGAUGCCACAAGAUGUUACACCAUCAACUAGUGACCACGAUGCUGCGCCUUCACCCACCACUGACGACUAAGAUGGCUUGUUGGAUCUUGAUGUUAGCAGUUCCAGUCCUUUUGUAUUUCAAAGCUGCUGUAAUGCCGUACGUUAUCUCUAUGUUUAGGUUUCUUUCGAUCUCUUUGUCUGCUAGAAACUUGUCUGUGUUAGUUGUCAGAUACAACUCAGCUAAACGGUUUCCAGUUCACUGGUGUGGCAAUGUCAAUGGUUAUAUUGU